CAUUUUGAGAAUAUAGGUUAGUUUCCAGGGCACUGAUUAUAAAUGAAAAUGAAAUGCCACUGGCCUGUGACCUGCUUUUUAAAAUCACAAAACGUGUCUAACUUGUCUAGGACCAUGCUCGUGAAGGGGAAGGAAAGAGGGAAUGCUAGCACUGAUGAGAACUGAGCCCCACGUGGGGAGGAGAAUAAAAGAGAAGGAAGCUGCCUGCUCUGUGGGCGUUUCCAUUGAGUCACAAAUUAUUUCCUUCUGCCUGCUCUGUAGUGUCAUUGCUGGGAACUCUGUUGUGUAGGACUGUACCAUGUAAAAGAAGAAGACAUUUGUUUGACAAAGGUAAAUGAGUGGGCUGGGAAUGCAAAUUCCACUCUGCUUAGGAGAGUGCGUGUAAUAAGGAAAUGUGCAAUAACCCAUUGAAAGAAACAAGUUUGUACAGUGCCUGCUAUGAAAAUGAAGAACGGAGUAGAACAGCACUUCCCACUCACUGGCUUGGGACAAAGUUACCUGAUAACAAAAUUCACUCUCUAGCCCUGAAAAUGAAGAUUGGAUCAGUUUGUUCCAGUACAUUCUCUUUUGGGAUCUGAGUUUCUGGCAGUUCCUCAUCUUUAGUACCUGAGAAGAGUAGGUCUGGUGAUCUCAGCACAGCUUCUCCUACAGAAACUGACAAGUGCUAACAAUGGCUGACAGCCUGAAGGCUGCAGUGCUUGCUUUAUGGACCCUUUUCUUUUCAUGUGCAACAUAUCACAUUAUGGCAACAGGGCGUAUACAGAGGUUUGAAUGCUUCACUGACUAUGCCAGGGAGCUGUCUUGUCACUGGGAAGUGGCUGCACAAACAAACUGCUCUGAGGAAUUCCAGCUCUAUAACAGGAAGGAAUAUUUCUCGACAUUAUAUAACACAUGCAUCCCUGAGAAUGGAAAAGACAGCAGCAUGAAUUCCAUUUCCAACUGUAUUUGCAUAAUUCUGCCCGGAUAUUUCUCGAUAGGCCUCGCAUAUCAUUUAGCACUACAGGCCAAUGGGACAGUGCUAUGGAAUGGCACUGUGAUACCGGCACAUAUUGUUAAACCAAGGCCCCCAAUAAAUCUUACCAUUGAGAAGGGUGAAAAUGAUAACUUCUACGUCUUGAGGUGGGUCGAGAGCUACAGCGCAGGGGACAUGCUCUAUGGAGAGGAAGUAACUUACGAAGUCAAAUACUGGAACAAGCAGAAUCCAGAAGAGGAGUUUGUAAAUCAGCUUCCCUACCAAACGACACACUUCGAAAUUCUUGCAACGCAGUUGAAGCAAGGGUACGACUACCUUGUAAGGGUACGGCGUAAUUAUAGAGGCAGCUAUUCCACCAAUUGGAGUGACUGGAGCAAUGCAGUUGAAUUUCACAAUGAUUAUGGAGUAACUUUAGAAGAUAGUCUGCAGAGGAUUAUUCUCAUAUCCUGCAUGUUGAUCACGGCUCUGAUUUUAAUCUGUUACUUCUGCUUUGCCAUAGUUAAGAGAGAAUGGUGGGAUCAAAUCCCAAAUCCAGCCAAGAGCCAUCUUGUUAUUAAGAAUGUCAAGGGAGCUCAGAUUUCAGUCUGGAGGAAAGUGAUGUCCACUGAUGAAAUUAAGGCACCUUUCUAUGAUGUGAAACAGACUCACAUGGAACACCAACUAAGCUGUAAGAACUGUCUUGCAAAAUAUGCUCAAGGCCAAACCUUGAAGGGGAAAGAUAACAUCAAAAGUGGUGAGAAACCUGAAAGUUGCCUGAAUAAAUGUGGAGAGUGGUUCCCAGAAGAGUAUGAAGCUGUUCUAAUUCCAGAGAUCACUUUGAUUGAAGCUUCUCUUGAAAUCUGUGAGUGUUCAACAAACACUGAAACUGAGAUCCAUGAGGACAACUUGGGUGAGAUCCUCUUGUGCCCACCUUGUGAGAGCAGUGCUAAUAGCUUUAUAGAACACACUCAACACAACGAUGCACUUGCAGACAUGUUUAUUAAGCUACUAGAAUGUGGAACCAGUAUCCAUGACACUGAAGUUCCAGACUUCAUCAUAGAAGAGCAAAAAACCUUUGAGAAUUGUGAAUCAGAAAAUUCAUCACAGCAAACACCAAAAGAAAAUGUAGUCCAGGAUCAACAGUCAUGUGAUACUUCACACGCUUGCUCCUUUUCCACUACAGCCUCUCAGGAUGACUACAACUGUAGAGCACCUAGCACAAAGUCAGUGCGAUCAGAAGAAUCUUUUGAAUCUGGUUAUCAAAGUUCUAACGUAGACACUGCUUCUCCCGAGGCAAAGAAUCCUCCAGACAUGUUGCAUCAAAGACACUUACUUUGCAGUUCUGAAACUCAGCAUGACUUGUUGGUCUUGAUUAAAAAAUCACCAAAUGCUCCUUCCUCUGAGAUAAUCAAAGACGGAAUAAAUAGUCCAGCAUAUCAGAGCUUUGACAGCCUCAUGUCUCAGUCCACUGAGCCUUGUAGCACAGCAUAUAAGAGCUUUGCCAGCCUCCUGUCUCAGUCCACAGUUAGCAAUAGCUUGACACAGUGUUUGGAAAACCCAAGCUCUUCACUCUCCUUAGCAGAGUUUCCAGAGAAUCAAAUACUUCCCUACAGAGAACAAGCCCAUCAACCCCUUGGUGAUCAAAGCUGUUACACCAACCACAAGGGUGACUGCACUGAGACUGCUUUUCAAACCAUCUGUUCAGAAGACAUAGACUUUCCAUGGCUUUUCUCCCAUGCUCAUGACAAAGUUUCAUUUUUCCUGCCAGAGAAAGAAAUACACAAGCAAAUAACAUGUCAACAUGUUCCAGAAAAAGCAGCUGCAAUUUCCUGCCCCUCUGUUUCUAAUCCAUCUAGUUACGAUCCUUUUGAUAUUGCUCUUAAACACAAUAAUACACACUGUGACAAUAACUGAGGCUAUUUCUGAGUCACCUUAUAAACCCUUUAUCAACCUUUUAAACAACAACCUCAAAGAAACACUUCCAGCUAUCACUCUCUGUGAAUCUGAUCUGGAUUUAGACUUGUCAGACUUUCUAUAGCAUUGACUCAGAUGUUACCACAGGCUUUGUCUUCGGUCUGAGUUCAGGAGAGGCUCUCACACAAAACAGCAGUGACAGCCCUUGGAUUAUCAGCUUUAAUGAACCUCGUAGUGAUGGUGAAGAUGAAGAUACUGUGGGCAUGAAAAAGUUGCUGUGGUCUUUAGAUUCUAGCUCUCGGGAAGACUGGGAGGACCAUGCAGGAGACACAAAAUUGUACUUCUGAUUUUCUUCUGACUGUACAGAUGAAAGGAUACAAGAGAGUAGCAAUAACAUGCCAUGUCCUCUUCUGCUGUGUCAUACACGUGACCAUUUGAGGAUGUCUGUAAAUGCGGAAGAAAGUGAAGCGCAGUUACAGAAUGUUGUGAGCAUGGGAAGUGGCCGUGCAGUUAAUUUAUCAGAUGAGUCACUGAACCACAACACUAUUGUAUCUAAACCAUCCGUAGAAAGAAAUCAAACUUCAGAGCCCCUGAACUCAACCGAGUUGCCACUGGGUGGCCCCUUCGUGGACAGCCCCUGUUUAGGAACCUGUCCUUUUGAUUAUUGCUCAGUUCCAGGUGAGGGAUCAAAAAUGUCACUUUUCAUAAAAACAGGCCAAAUGAACCUAAUGAGUGAGAGCACCAGGAUGAACCAGUAAACAGUGAAACUUACACAAGCUCCUGUCCAUGAAGGUAACUGCUAUAUGAACAUGACCUAGAUGAAUUUAAUGGGGUUGCAAUCAAGAUAGCCUUUGGGAAUAAACUGUGUGGAAAAUGGAAAUGUUGCUUGUUUUCCCACACUUCCUGCAGAAGAGCAGGCUGUCACUAUGCAGACACUGGGUGGACUCUGGAACAGAUCAGAAUAGAUUUGCUGAGAUGUCAUGGUCACACUUGCUCCAGAGUUGGUGAUUUGGUAAACUGCUUGAACUCUUGGGGCUGUUGGUGCUUGAGGAUCCCAGCAGUGGCUCUCCCAGUGUAAAGAUGGUGACAAGCUACAGACUGAGCUAGAGUCUGUGAUGGGGCCUUAUACAACACCCACAACUAGUAGCAGUUGCAUGGGGCAUGAACUCGUGUUCAUUUUAGCUUCCCCAGUGUUGGUCUGGCCCGAAUACACUUGCAUGGGAAACAUGCUGACCCUGCAGCUCAGAUUCAAAGGUGCUAUAUAAGAUGGUUCACAUCCCAAGGAACUGGAAGAAGGUGCAAGUUAAAGCAGGAGGUUGCUGACUUUCAAGGACACCUUUGUACAGCCUCUCAUUAGCUAUUUUCAGGAGAGUGCAGGGAUUGUAACUGUGGCUGGCCUUGGCGUGGGUGAUGUGAGAAGGAAAGCUGUAGCUCCCUCAUGGCCAGAAGUUGCUUUGCAUCACCCUGCCUAAUUUCCCUUUAUGAACUCCCCAAAAACUCCAGAUCGGAGCCCAAAAGUAAUUAGAACACUCCCCUGUUUGGGUCCAAUUUAUUUAGUCCUGACACACACUGGCCUUCCAGGCCCUAACCCCAGUUCCGCAUCUCGCUCCACCUUGGGUAGGGAAUCCCACUCCCAAACCCUCCUUCCUGGGGCUGAGUCAGUGUUCAAUGUCUCUCUGCAGGCCUCCAAACUUCCUUUGUGUCUCAGGGUCUUCCCUUCUUUAGUAAGUUACUCCCUGGGGCAAUUCCGCUGGUCUUAGGGUCUUUCUUACAGGAACCUUUCUCACUCUGCAUUCGGUUUCCUGUAGACACACCCCAUUCUUGCCCUGCAGUUUCCUGCUGCUCUCACAGGGGACUCGUCUGAUCACUACUCAGGUGUGCCUAGUUAGUUACUAGGUUGGUUGGUCCCAAACCUCUAGCCCUUAAAUGGGCAAGCCACCCUUUUACAGAAGGCUCCUGAGUCUGCCCCCCUCAUGGCUGCAUGCAAAGGCCAGCACUGUCUAGCCCUCAGUAACUGUAUUCAUGAGGGUCAGUUUCUGAUCUCUUAUCUUAAUGUGACUGCAAUAACUGUGUGGAAGUCAGUGGUGUUAUUCCACACUGGUAUCAAUGUAACUGGGAUCAGAUGUUUUUAAACUGUGUAUGCCAAAAAAGCCUGACUAGUGUAGGAUCAAACUCUCUAAGCUGUGUGUGCAUUCCACAAGGUUUCUGUAUGUGUCUGGGGUAUAGAUUGGAAACGACUCCCACAGCUGAAUUCAGCUGGGAUCACAUGUGCCCCUUGUGAUAAUACAUCCUCUGAUUCUGAACUACUUGAGCACAGAAGUAUAUACUGUGGCAUUAUAAAUUCCACAGUAAGGUGGGGAGUCCAGAUAGUUAAAUGGCCACUGCAAAUUCUUUACAUUUCAACCCAGCUCAUAUUAUUCAGAAAUCCCUUUUCCCAUUUCUAGCCAUAAACAGAGAGGCGUAGGCCAGUUCAGAGAAUGUAUCUGUGGCCACUGUUCAGCUACUGCUUUGGCAUCUUCUUUAAGGAACGUUUUUCACUGCAGAAGCACUACCUACAAAACUAGAUGGGCAGCCAGAUAAGGGGUUUUGUGCCCCAUGUAGACCUUUGUGGCCAUACAAAGGGAGUGCGUAACCUCAGGAGGGCACUACUGCAAGGUGCACAUGUUCAAGGUGGGUGUUUGCAUUUGUUUGGACACUGGUGCUUACACCACUAUAAUGAGGAUGUUGAUAAAUGAAAACACGUUAUUCAUUGUUAACGUGAUGAUUAACACAUUAAAGACUUAUACAAGAA